AUGAGUUGGGAAUGGUGGGAGCUUAAUGACAGUGCUGGUGUUUCUCGUUCUCCAGGUCUCUAUGGUGUGGUAAGCACGGAUAUCAGGCCCUCCAUAAACCCCGCCCCCGUGGGAGAGAAUGUGACCUUCCACAUCUCCCCCCUGAUGCAAUUAAAGUCUGGGGUGUGGAGUUUUGGAUCGAAAACGUUGGUGGUGUGGAUUGGACUUGAAGAACAGGCCGCUGACAGCAGAGCCUCUGUAAACACCACCACUGGGGUUCUCACCCUGAGAUCUGUGACCGUUGGUGACUCGGGUCUCUACAAGUUACAAUCCCUUGACCCUCAAUUUCUGGCCGAGGCAAGCCUGACUGUUCUUGAGCCAGUCUCCAGUGUGGCAGUGAGGGCCAAUGCAACUGACUUAGUGGAGUUCAAUGACACUGUCAGUCUUACAUGCUCCGCCUCUGGAACCUCCCUCUCCCGGAGGUGGGUCGAUGGCAGUUCUGACAUCACGGCCAGUGGGCGUGUUCAUCUGAGUGAUGACAACAUGACUCUCACCAUAUCCGGAGUACUGAGGACUGACGGUGGACCUAUAUUCUGCACUGUGUCCAAUGCCAUCAGCAAUGGCACCAGUCCGCCAGUCUUCCUCAACAUCAGCUAUGGCCCUGAUGAGUUGGAAAUAUCUGAGAGCCCGUCGAAGACAGUCCACAGGGCGGGGUCAGAUAUUGUCCUGUCCUGCCGUGCCCAGUCAAAGCCUGCAGCCGCCUAUCUGUGGGCCUUUGAGGGAACACUGCUGGAACCCAGAGGGCCAGAGCUCAGGCUGAGCGAUGCCCAACAGAAUCAGAGUGGGAACUACACUUGCUGGGCCCACAACAGCGUCACCCUCAGGUUCUCCAGCACCUCCACACAGAUAAAGAUUUUAGACCCAAUAACAGAUGUCAACAUAAGCAUCACUGCAUUGCCACCAAUACAGAAUGAGCUUUUCACCCUGAGGUGUGAGGUGACUGGUCCUGUCGACUCCAUUCAGUGGCUGAGGGAUGGUCGGCCCCUAUCAGCAGAUAACAGAACAGUGUUCUCUGCAGACAACAGCUCGCUAACUUUCACCCCAGUCCUGCGCUCUGAUGAUGGAAGCUAUCAAUGUGAGGCUUAUAAUGCAGUGAGCAAUGGAACCAGCCCUGGACACCAACUGCUGGUCAACUAUGGACCAGAGCAGCCAGUCAUCACUGGACCAGACUUUGCAGAAACAGGAACAAACGUGACCUUCACCUGCAGUGCCUCGUCUCAGCCACCCUCUCAGUACACAUGGCUAUUUAAGGGCACGGCCGUAGGAGGCUCUGUGUAUAUGAAAGGCCCACUGACGUUAGCCGAUCAGGGAGCGUAUACCUGUGAGGCCUACAACCCCGUAACUGGGAGGAACAGCACUGCUGUGACAGAGCUCACUGUCAUUGCUCCAAUAACCAGUGUUCUGGUAAAAUCCAGUGGAGGACUGCCCAUAGAUGAUAAGAAAUUCACUCUUGUGUGUGAAAUCAAUGGACAAGCAAACUCCAUUCAGUGGCUGAGGGAUGGUCGGCCCCUAUCAGCAGAUAACAGAACAGUGUUCUCUGCAGACAACAGCUCGCUAACUUUCACCCCAGUCCUGCGCUCUGAUGAUGGAAUCUAUCAAUGUGAGGCUUAUAAUGCAGUGACUAAUGGAACCAGCCCUGGAUACCAACUGCUGGUCAACUGUGAGUAUUCGGAGAGCACUGUCUAUGGACCAGAGCAGCCAGUUAUCACUGGACCUGACUCAGUAAUAACAGGAUCACAGGUGACAUUCACCUGCAGUGCCUCGUCUCAGCCACCCCCACAGUACAGCUGGUACUUCAAUGGCACACAGGUCGCUAAUGGCUCUGUGUAUGUGACCGCCCCGCUGACUUUAGCCAGUCUGAGAGCGUAUACCUGUGAGGCCUUCAACCCCGUAACUGGGAGGAACAGCACUGCUGUGACAGAGCUCACUGUCAUUGCUCCAAUAACCAGUGUUCUGGUGAAUGCCAGUGGGGGAUUGCCUAUAGAUGAUAAGAAAUUCACUCUUGUGUGUGAAAUCAAUGGACAAGCAAACUCCAUUCAGUGGCUGAGGGAUGGUCGGCCCCUAUCAGCAGAUAACAGAACAGUGUUCUCUGCAGACAACAGCUCGCUAACUUUCACCCCAGUCCUGCGCUCUGAUGAUGGAAGCUAUCAAUGUGAGGCUUAUAAUGCAGUGAGCAAUGGAACCAGCCCUGGACACCAACUGCUGGUCAACUAUGGACCAGAGCAGCCAGUCAUCACUGGACCAGACACAGCAAAAACAGGAUCAAGUGUGACCUUUGCCUGCAGCGCCAAGUCUCAGCCACCCAGUCAGUACAGCUGGUACUUCAAUGACAGACAGGUCGCACAGGGCCCUGUGUAUGUGACCGCCCCACUCACUUCAGCCAAUCAGGGAGCGUAUACCUGUGAGGCCUUCAACCCCGUAACUGGGAGGAACAGCACUGCUGUGACAGAGCUCACUGUCAUUGCACCAAUUACCAGUGUUCUGGUAAAUUCUAGUGGAGGACUGCCCAUAGAUGAUAAGAAAUUCACUCUCGUGUGUGAAGUCAAUGGACAAGCAAACUCCAUUCAGUGGCUGAGGGAUGGUCGGCCCCUAUCAGCAGAUAACAGAACAGUGUUCUCUGCAGACAACCGCUUGGUUACUUUCACUCCAGUCCUGCGCUCUGAUGAGGGAAUCUAUCAAUGUGAGGCUUAUAAUGCAGUGAGCAAUGGAACCAGCCCUGGACACCAACUUCUGGUCAACUACGGACCAGAGCGGCCAGUCAUCACAGGACUGAACUUAGCACCAGCAGGAGCAAAGGUGACCUUCACCUGCAGUGCCUCGUCUCAGCCACCCCCACAGUACAGCUGGUACUUCAAUGGGACACAGGUCGCUAAUGGCUCUGUGUAUGUGACCGCCCCGCUGACUUUAGCCAGUCUGAGAGCGUAUACCUGUGAGGCCUUCAACCCCGUAACUGGGAGGAACAGCACUGCUGUGACAGAGCUCACUGUCAUUGCUCCAAUAACCAGUGUUCUGGUGAAUGCCAGUGGGGGAUUGCCCGUAGAUGAUAAGACAUUCACUCUUGUGUGUGAGGUCAAUGGACAAGCAAACUCCAUUCAAUGGCUGAGGGAAGGUCAGCCCCUAACAGCAGAUAACAGAACAGUGUUCUCUGCAGACAACAGCUCGCUAACUUUCACCCCAGUCCUGCGCUCUGAUGAGGGAAUCUAUCAAUGUGAGGCUUAUAAUGCAGUGAGCAUUGGAACCAGCUUUGGAUACAUACUGCUAGUCAACUAUGGACCAGAGCAGCUAGGCAUCAGUGGACCAGACUCAGCAAAAACAGGAUCACAGGUGACCUUCAUCUGCAAUGCCAUGUCACGGCCACCCAGUCAGUACAGCUGGUACUUCAAUGGGACACAGGUCGCUAAUGGCUCUGUGUAUGUGACCGCCCCGCUGACUUUAGCCAAUCAGGGAAUGUAUACCUGUGAGGCCUUCAACGCCAUAACUGGGAAGAAGAGCUCAGCUGAGACUGACCUGAAAGUUGAAUCCUCUGCUAUGCUGUCCAAAGGAAGCCUGCUCCUCGCAGUCCUGGGUGUCUCUCUCCUGCAGCUGACCAACUGGCUGUCGUGCUGAGGCCUUCAGAGAUGCCUGCUGCUUAACAUGGACUCCUGUCUCCAGCUGUAAAUUUGCAUCAUACAUGGGACACACAAAGAGUGAAUUAGGGAACUAGUAACUAUACUAUAAUUCUACUAAUAUAAUUCUGGAGCUAAGUGCAAAGUAUGUGGAAGCUGAUCAUGAACUAAGAACCUGAGUAAACCCCCCUACCAUCAGGCAGAACUACUGCAGGCCAGGGGUAGUCUUCCCCCCAAAUUGGAAGUCCUAUGCCCCAGUGAAGUGAUUUCAUAGAUUAUAAACGAUUUUAAGGCAAUAUCUGUUCCCAAAAUAUGUAUUUCUGCUGUAUAUUUUAUG